AUGUCUUCCGAAGAGACCCUUAGAGAGCAACUUCGGCAAUCGUAUAACUUGCGGAAGCAGAAUGCCGUGCUGGUAUCAAAAUAUAAGAAAUACCUGACAAAGUCACUAUCCACAUUCACAGAUGUCAAUGCAUCCCACUAUAAAAAGCACACAAGCAGCACGGAUCGCGUUAAUUCUAGCGGCAGUGCUUCGAGCAUGCAGCUAGCAAAUAGUACAAACGCUUCAUCAAGGGCGAUUUCGGCAGAGCAGGUGGAGAAUAGUACAUUAGUGGACAAACCGGCCUCAGAGCAGGAAACACCGCUCUACUCGAAGGUUGAGGUUAUUUAUGGCAAUCAGAGGCAAAUCAGAAAACAGGAAAGACUCAUCUCGGAGCAUCUGGAGGAGCUGGCAUCCGCAGAAAGUGAACUAGAGAAGCAGUUGACAAAGACAAAGCACAGACUAAGGAGAAGCCGUUUGAUCAAGUACAGCAAGGAUUCCAAGUUGGAAGAUCUUGUACAAACACAGGCAGAGAGGCUGGACCGCCAAAUACGAAUUUUGGAGUGCUCGAUGCACACCGUGGAAAGGGAUAAGGCAGUACCAGCUGUUUCUGCCAAAAGGGGAUGGUUUCAAUAG